AAACAAACAGAACCCAGGAAAACAAAGCGAGGGACGCUUAAACAAACAAAAUGGAAUAUGUGCAGAAAAGGUAAAUGUGUUUUACUAGGAGGAGCUCAGCAAGAAAACAAAAGGUUCAAGCAAAACAAGCAAUCUGGAGCAGUCGCACAUAAAGUCAUCCAUCACUCCCAGUAAGCCGUGCCUCAGAUCCCAGUAAGCAAAUAGACAGGAAAUCUGAGUCCAUGGAACUGUCACCGAAGGAAAUGAGUAAUGAGAAACGAAUCUUAGUGCUGUUUGGAUUGGAACAAGUUGUAACAGAUACAAGACAAGUUCAUGUGACCUCAGAGAAAGUGUGUAUACAUAAUAUAAAUACAUUAAAUAUUAGAUCUACGGUCUGUGUUAAAUGUCAUUUAUGGGAGGCCCCUGAUGGUUCAGUGGCCUGGUUUGCUUGUGUCUUGCGCAUGUGACAUGCUUUUUGCGCAUGCUUUGCUGAAGGCAAAGCAGAGGAUUUGACCAUAUCCUCUGCUUUGGUUAAUCUGCAUAUCGAGUAAGAGUUGGAGCAGUGCUGUGAUUGGUUGGUUAAGUCCUUUUACCGAGUGUACUCACAGAAAACAAAUAUGACCUCAACGACUCAAAGCUCUCCAACUGCUGCUGCAGCCUGAGGCAGAGACAUUAUGAGGACCAUCUUGGUCGCUGUCCCAUUGAUGUCUGUCCUUUACUUUGCCUGUGGGCAGAAUUUGGGCCUCAGAGAAGGAAUCAUUACAUUUUAUGAAAUACAGAAACCCUGGAGCGAAGCCCAGGCCUCCUGCAGGGAGAAUCACACUGACCUGAUCACUAUCAGGACAGAAACAGUCAUUCAGGCGCUGAAUGGCACCAGGGGCUGGAUUGGACUGCACAGAGACAACAACAAGAGCCACUGGAAGUGGUCCAGAAGAGACGAGACAGCAACAUUCUUCAAUUGGGAUGAAAAUGAACCGUCACAAUAUGAGCACUGUGUCUUUCAGCGGCCGUUAACUAAAAAGUGGUCAAGUGUUCCGUGUAACGCAACACGUGUCUUCAUUUGCUAUGAUGACGUGCUGGUUCUGGUGAAGGAGAAUAAGACAUGGGACGAGGCGUUGGAGCACUGCAGGACUCUGAACAAUGUCAACAGCUACGACCUGGCAACCCUCAUCACCCCCGACGACCACGACUUUGCACGAGAGACAACCCUACUGGCAACCACUGAGGAGGUGUGGACGGGCCUGCGUUUCCUUGGCGAUGAGUGGUUCUGGGUGGGCGGAGAACCGGUGCAGUACCAGGACAUUCCAAGCUGCCCGGGUGUCUGGUGUGGCGUCCUGGAGAAGAACAGCAAGUCAUUAUUUGGAAUCAGAGACUGCAGCCAGAGAAGGAACUUCUUCUGUUACUUAAAAUCUAAAAUCCUGUAGAAAAACUUGUGAAAAGAGGCUCUUCAUUCAUUAGCUUAAACUGCUGGAUGGAUGGAUGGAUGGAUGGAUGGAUGGAUGGAUGGAUGGAUGGAUGGAUGGAUGGAUGGAUGGAUGGAUGGCAAGAAUAAGCCAUGCUAGAAGCUUUCUAUUCAAAGAACUCUAGUUGCUGUGUCAACUAAUGAAUCAUAUAUUAUGGAUUCUGAAUAUGAAGUUUAGGGUUUUGUUGAAACAUGAUUAUUGAGUUGAGUUGCUAUGUUUACAACUCUAAACCUAUUCAAUGAAUUAGGACAAUAUUGGAAAAUCUUUUUUUUUUUUUUUCAAAAAACUGUCACGAAGUGAAACAUAUUAUAUAGAUUAACUACACCAAUGGAUAUCUGAAAUCCGUUAUUUAUGUUAAUUAUUAUGAUUUUCUGCUUACACUUAAAGGGGCAGUUUUAUGUAAAAUUGACUCUUUUGAGCUUGGAUGAAAACAGACUUCCCCUGCGACUCCCCCACUCAGCUCCUUCAGACUAGCGGCAGCAGCAAAUAGAAAACACCUGGUGGAACUGCACAUCUGCUGAGCUCGUUAUACAAGGUACUUGUCAGUGUAAGGCUGGUAAAAACAUUGUUAAAGGGUUAAUAGAGGAGCCGUGUUGUGAUGACUUCCUGAAGGCAGAGCUUCAAAAAGAGCAGGAGUUUUUAAAGAGAGGCCCAAUUUCAAGAUGUUAAAUUGCAAAGUCAAAUGAAUUUUUAAGUCAUAUUUGAAAUGGAUAGCACUUUUGUACCUGAAGGCAACAUAGUUACUUGAUUGUGCUGUGAAGUGGCGGUUUGUUCCUGGAAAAUACAUAAUACUGUGCUAAUAUUUUACUGCUUUUGUACUGUCAUAUGUGACAGUACAAAACUAGAACAGGUUCAUUCUUGACUGAAAAGUUUCUAUAAAACCUAACAAGUGUAAUACACUUUAAAAUUUUGGUUUGACUCAACAUGGACACACUCUGGUAACAUGUUGCAAUAGAUAAUAAAUUUCAUAUAAACUUAUGUUUAAUUUUUACCAAAAAUUGUGUGAGUGCAAAAUUGUACUGACUCAUACACUGAGUUUCUUGUAUUUUAAUUUUAUCACAUGUUUUAAUAUAUAAAAUUGUGUAAAGCAUUAUGUUGUUAGUAGAAUCCUCUGAAUUAUUUGUAAAUAAUAAAUAAGCUGUGGUUGAAAACUUCAAAA